AUGAACAAAUCGCUAACGACUAAGCUGUCAACAACUGUUAAUAUAAUUACAAUCAAAUCAUUUAUUCCCAUUAAUAAACGUAUGUCAACGGUAUCAUCCACUCCCAAACAUCAAGACACGAUAGAACUCUCAUAUACCGAUCAGAUCAGAACUAAACUAAAAUAUUUGAGCACCAAGUUUUAUUUUAAAAAGAAAGAAGUUGAAAUAUUAAAUGAUCCUGAUUGUUUUUAUAACACUUUGAAACAAAAAAUUUCAAAUGCAAAAGAAAGAGUGUUUCUAGCAACAUUAUAUAUUGGUAAAUCUGAAGAUGAAUUAGUUGAGUGUAUCAGCGAUGCACUAAAGUAUAAUUCUAAACUAAAAGUUUAUUUUUUAUUAGAUGGCCUGCGAGGAACCAGGGAAAGUCCAUCCAAGUGCUCUGCCCAAUUAUUAUCACAAUUGACUCAUGAUUAUAAAGAUCGAGUUGACAUUAGGUUAUAUAAAACCCCUGCUUAUAUUGGUUGGAAAAAAGCAUUAAUCCCUAGUAGAUUUGAUGAAGCAUUAGGGUUACAGCACAUGAAAAUUUAUGGGUUUGAUAACGAAGUUAUGUUAUCUGGCGCUAAUUUAUCGAAUGACUAUUUUACUAAUAGGCAAGACAGGUAUUUUCUAUUCAAGAACAAAUUAUUUGCGAAUUACCAUUUUGCGUUGCACCAGUUAAUUUCAUCAUUAAGUUAUAAAUUAGAGUAUAGUACAAACCAAAUGAAAUAUCAACUACUGUGGCCAUCGACUAACAUUUGUUCAGAACCGUUAAAGGGUAGAAGGAAAUUUAUAAGAAAAACUUCAAAAGUUCUUUCUGACUUCUUGCAUAACCCGAAUGAUAAUUUAUUACAAUCAAUCAAUGAGCCUGUAGAUAAGAACAUUUACCCCACAACAGUUUAUCCAAUAUCCCAAUUUUCUCCACUAUUUCACUCUUUUGAAGAUAAAUCAACUGAAAAGCCAACAAUUCUAAAUUUAAUUUCAUGCAUUAAAAGUCCUUCCAUAAAUUGGAUGUUUACUACAGGUUAUUUCAAUAUGUUACCAGAAAUUAGAGAUCAAUUAUUGAAAACACCAUCAAAUAAUUCUAUUGUGAUAACUGCAUCACCGUAUGCAAAUGGCUUUUUUGAAUCUAAAGGUAUUUCAAAACAUCUCCCUGCUGCUUAUUUGUUCUUGUCAAAGAAAUUUUUAAAAUCGGUACAUAAUGCAAAUAAAUCUAAUUAUAUCCAUCUAAGAGAAUGGAAAAAAGGUGUUAUCACACAACCAGGGGGUUGGUCAUAUCAUGCAAAAGGAUUAUGGAUCUCAAAAGAAGAAGCUAAUCAAGGCAAAAAUGAAAGUGAUAUCAUUAAAGAAAUUCCAUUUGCAACCGUUAUCGGUUCAUCGAAUUAUACUAAAAGAGCAUAUUCGUUAGACCUCGAAUCAAAUGCUGUAAUUGUUACGGAUGAUAUGGAAUUAAGAUUAGAAUUGUAUAAGGAAUUAAGAAAUCUAUUAAAGAAUACAAAGGAAAUAAACUUAGAAGAUUUUAGGAAUGAUAAAGAUAGAAAAAUUCCAACGGGAGUGAAGGUUGCCACAUCAAUUUUAGGAAAAAAACUAUAA